AUGGAGGACGACAUUGCCGUUGUAGGCAUAGGCCUGCGUUUCCCCGGCGAAGCGUCUUCUCCAGACGAACUGUGGAAAGUUUUGGAACGCGGCGAAUCUCAGUGGUCUGAGUUCCCUAAAGAUCGUCUCAAUAUCGACGGCUACUAUCAUCCUGGUGGUGAUCGUCAGGGUAGCAUUUCCUUCCGUGGAGCCCAUUUCAUCAAGGGCAAUUUUGCUGCUUUUGAUGCUGCAUUCUUUGGUGUCUCAGCGGAAGACGCCAAAGCUAUUGAUCCGCAACAGAGAAUUCUGCUUGAAGCUUCAUACGAGGCACUAGAAAAUGCUGGAAUCCGAAAAGAGGAUAUCGAUGGUAGCGAUGCUGCUGUGUAUGUCGGCUCUUUUGUCAAGGACUACGAGCAAGUAUGCCUUCGUGAUCCAGAUUGGCAGCCUCAGUAUGCUGCUACUGGAAAUGGCAUCGCCAUCAUGGCGAACCGCAUCUCGUACUUCUUCAACUUGCACGGACCUAGCAUGACCAUCGAUACCGGCUGCAGUGGCAGUCUUGUGUCUGUUCACCUUGCUGCACAAAGCCUUCGAACAAAGGAAUCAUCACUGGCAAUUGCUGCUGGUGCGGGCAUGAUUCUUACCCCUAACACCAUGAUGCCUAUGACAGCGCUCAACUUCCUGAGUCCUGAUGGCAAAUGCUUCACUUUCGAUUCCCGAGCCAAUGGCUAUGGCAGAGGCGAGGGUAUUGGUGUUGUUGUUAUGAAGCGUCUUUCAGAUGCCAUCCGUGAUAAUGAUACCAUCCGUGCGGUCAUUCGAGCAACCAAUGUUAAUCAAGAUGGCCAUACCACAGGUAUUACUCUUCCGAGCAAGGAAGCUCAGGUUGCCAACAUCAAAUCCGUUUACAAGUCUGCCGAUCUCGACUUUGAUCAAACGGCAUACGUCGAGUGCCAUGGUACUGGAACCAAAGCUGGAGAUUGGCGUGAGCUCAAGGCCAUUUCUGAGUCACUCGGCUCUGUUCGAACUAUCGAUAAUCCCAUCGUCGUCGGUUCAGUCAAACCCAACAUUGGUCAUCUUGAGGGUGCUGCUGGUGUAGCCGGCUUGAUCAAAGGCGUUCUUACUCUCGAGCAUGCCAAGAUCCCACCCAACAUCAACUUUGAAGUGGCCAAUCCCGAUAUUGAUUUCAAGAACUGGAAGGUCAAGGUACCAACCGAAAUGAUGGACUGGCCUCUUUCUGGUUUGCGCCGUGUCAGCGUCAACUGCUUCGGCUUUGGCGGUACAAAUGCUCAUGUCAUCAUGGAUGAAGCUCCUCGAUACAUGUCAGCCCGUGGUCUCAAGGGAAAUCACAACUCGGUUGAGACUUCUGGAUCAGUUCAAUCGAAAACUGAUCGCGAACCAGGCUUCGAGCCCCAACUCUUUGUCUUCUCUUCUCACGAGAAAUCCGGUAUCCAGCGUAUUGUAGAGUCUCACCUCCCUUACCUGAAGUCGGCAGAGACGAACGAUGCGGCUUUUCUUCAAAAUUACGCCUACACACUUGGUUGCCGUCGAUCAAACCUGGAAUGGAAGUAUGCGGUGGUUGCCAAGUCUCGAGAUGAUCUUAUCAAAAAGCUUCAAAACGCCGACGAUUCCCGAUGCAAACGAACGUCUAAGAACAAGCAACCGAAAAUCUGCUUCCUCUUUUGCGGCCAGGGCGCCCAGUUUGCUCAAAUGGGCAAAGAUCUCCUACCUUUCGAAGCUUUCCGGGAUACUCUAGAAGCUGGUUCACGUUACAUGAAGAACGUCCUUGGGAGUCCUUUUGACCUUCUUGAAGAAAUCCUGAAGGAUUCAAAUCUGAGUUGCGUUUCUUCCGCCAGAAUAUCACAACCUGCGACUACCGCUCUUCAGAUAGCCUUGGUAGACCUGUUCGACUCAUUUCACAUCACUCCCAGUUAUGUCAUCGGACACUCUUCUGGAGAGAUUGCUGCAGCAUAUGCGUCUGGUGCUCUUACAAAAGAAGCAGCUUGGGAGGUUGCCUACUACCGCGGUGUAGCUGCCUCAUCUCUCAUCAGGAAGUCGCCUAAAAUCGAGGGUGCCAUGAUGGUAGUCGGCCUAUCCAUCAUCGAUAUUGAGGGUAGCUAUGAUGAGGACACUUGGCCCUGCCAAGUCGCUUGCAUCAACAGUCCUCGAUCUGUAACACUUUCUGGCAGAAAGGAAAACAUCGAACACGCCUUCAGUGAGCUCUCUGAGAAGGGCAUCUUCUGUCGCAUCCUGCCUGUAAAGGUGGCCUACCACUCUUCAGAUAUGCUGCUGGUUAAGAACGAGUACAAGUCUGCAUUAGGUCUUGUCAUCCCACGCGAACACUUGAAGUCUGUUAGUAUGUUUUCAUCCGUUACCGGCAAGUCAAUCGAUGGCUCCCAACUGGACAAGGGAUAUUGGUCAAACAACCUUGUCUCACCUGUCAUGUUCAUGUCUGCUAUUAGCGCUGUGUUGAAGCUUCCGGCUGAAGAUGUUCCCGACAUGAUCAUCGAGCUCAGCCCUAGCGCCACACUUCGUUCGCCAGUACUUGAUAUCGCCGACUGUAUUGAGAUGAGAAACCCACCGACCUAUCUUGCGGCCCUUGAUCGCAAGCUGCAUGGUGCAAUCUCGAUCUUAGAGACGAUUGGCGAGGCGUGGACGCAUGGAUAUAAAUGCAGCGUAGACAAAAUUGUCACUCGAGGAUCUUACCAAGUGCCCCUCAAGGCUUUGGCCGAUCUCCCCCCUUAUCCAUGGAACCACAACAGGUCGUACUGGCACGAAUCUCACCUUGGGGAGGCAAAUCGAUUUCGAGAGUUUCCUCGACAAGAUCUCAUUGGCGCUCCAACCGCUGAUGCUAUUUCUUUUGAGCCUCGAUGGCGCGGUUUUCUUCGCCUGUCCGAGAACCCUUGGAUUCAAGAUCAUCAGGUGCAAAAGACGAUCAUCUAUCCGGCCGCUGGUAUGGUCACUAUGGCCCUUCAAGGUGCCUGCCAACUGACCAAGGAGAAAAAUGACCUUCUUGGAUAUGAGAUAACCAACUUACGAAUCGAGAAGGCCAUGAUUGUUCCAAGCACGUCUCAUGGAUUGGAGAUGGCGAUGAACUUCAAGUGUGUACCUUCUACCUCUGGCAACAAAGACCAAGGAAAGGCUUUUGAGUUUUGCAUCUACUCGAAACAACUGGGGUCACCAUGGGAGCAGAAUGCCACUGGCUACAUCCAGAUACGAUACAAGCGUGGCCAAUGGAAGGUCGGAUUUCACCAGCAUCGCAAGAGAUACGACUCACUCAAAGCCACAUGCAAAGAAGAUGUUGUCCCUAGACAGCUCUAUGAACUUCUCGAUAUUGUGGGUAUGAAUUACGGUCCUGUUUUCCAGAACAUCACCCACAUUCUCAAAGGCGAUCGUGCCUGUCUCAUUAAAGUUCGCGUUCCAGACACUCGAUCUAAAAUGCCUGCCAAGUUUGAGUAUGAUCAUCUGAUUCAUCCUGCAACUCUUGAUUCCAUGUUCCAGACACCUUUUGCUAUCGAAAAUGAUCCUAUGGUCCCAACUUUUGUCAAGAGCAUCUUCGUCUCGGCAAACAUUUCUCGUGAUUCCUCGAAAGAAUUCAACGGUUACUCUACAGCCAUUCGCACUGGCAUUCGUGAUGCAAGCGCAGAUAUUGCCAUGAUCCAGUCAACUUGGGAACAGCCAUCAGUGGUCAUUAGCGGUCUGCAUUUCACUAGUAUCUCCAACACGUCUCAGGAUGUAGGGGAAUUUCUUCCAAACAACCGCACUCUCUGUACUGAGAUCACUUGGAUGGAAGAUAUUACUUGCGUAAAGGCUGCAAAGUUUGAGGGGUUUAUCAAGACGCUAGCUCACAAGUUACCAGGCCUCUCUAUCCUCCAAGUUGGGGGCACUCCCGGUACUACUCUUUGUGUGCUCAGAGCUCUGCCUUCUCUGAAAGAACAAAGACCUUGGUUCUCAAGGUACAGUUUGGCGCAGCCUAACCGUAAUGACAAGCCCAUUGACAUCACUGCUUUGGUCAAGGGAACUUCCGCUGAACCCUUUGUUGAGAAGAGAGCUAUUGAUGGUUCGGAACCCCUGCCGAAGUAUGAUUUGAUUCUUGUUUGCAAUCAACAUGGCGUUGAUAUCGGUAAGCUUCGUACUCACCUGAAGCAGCCUGGUUAUCUAUUAGAAGGCUUUUUGUAUGGCAAGUAUGACCCAGCUCACGAGGAGAUUCUCUGUCAUAAGUACACCGAAGAGAGUGGUAAGAAUGCGGAGAUAAAAUUUCGUCUCCAUGACCAUCAUCCUCCUCAGGAUUGGUAUUCAGUACCUGGUGUCAUCAUUCUUUUGCCCGAUAAUCCUCCCUCGGGAACGCAAUCUCUCGCUGGAAAGUUGAUCAUCGAACGUCACUCCAUUUUGCAGUUACGCACAAUGCAACUCAAUGAGGUUUUGAGUGAGCCGGAACGACUGAAGGGCAAGAUUGUCAUCUCCCUUCUUGACUUCUCAGAAGGACCUAAUGCAGGUGCAUCCGUGUACAACUGGAGCGAGGCUGAUUUCAAAGCUUUCCAUACUCUUCACCAGCAGGCAAAGGGAAUCCUUUGGGUUUCUCGCAGUGCCAACAUGAAACCAAUGAAUCCUAAGGGCGCUCCUAUCAUCGCCCUCGCGCGCACACUUAUGUCGGAAGAUCCGCUCAAGACGUUCGCUACCUUUGACUUGGGUAUGGACACAUCUCUCAACUGUCCUUCGGUGGUAAAGAAUGUGGACAGGAUCUUCCUCCAAACAUUCGUAUCAGCCCAGGGCUCUGGUCCUCGUGAGCUAGAGUAUGCAGAGAAGGAUGGAGUGCUAUUUAUUCCUCGACUUGUUCCUAUCAGCCCACUCAACGACAUCGUCGAGAAUGGCGUUUCCAACGAGAUCACCAGUGUGGCAUUCCACGGCUACCCACGCCACCUGAAGCUUGAGUUAUCUCAGCCUGGUCUGACUGAAGGCAGCUUGGUCUUUACUGCCGGUACCACAUUCGCUCCUAAGCCAGGUGAGAUUGAGAUCAUAUUUGAAAGUGCACCUCUCAACUUUGUCGACCUGGAAACAGCUAUGGGGAGGACUGUGGAUUCAAAUGUCGGGUCUGAGAUACGCGGCCGUGUCGGUCGAAUUGGCCGAAAUGUCUCUGGUUUCAUAACAGGUGACCGUGUCAGUGGCCUCGUCACUGGUGGUUCUAUCCAAAGCAAUGCCAACGUAGACAGUCGCCUCGUCUCCAAGUGGUCCUUUGACCUCCCUCUCAACCACUGCCUCAGUGCUUACCAUUGUUUCGUCAACAUUGGAAGGCUUAGCCAAGGGAAGACUUCGGUACUGAUUCACGCCGCGGCAAGCCCUUUUGGACUCGCAGCUGUUGCGGUCGCAUUUCAACUUUCUGUCGAGGUGUUUGCGAGCGUCAUCGGUCCAGAUUCUGGCAAGCAGCGUGAAGUUCUGGAGGGACUUGGGGUGAAGAAAGCUCACAUCGUCAAUGGUGACUCGGAUAGCUUUGCUACGGUUAUCUGCGAACAUCUAGGAAAGGGGGUUGACCUUGUCUAUAACCCUACCCAAAACCACAAAGCAACCAACUUUCAGUGUGUUCGUCCAGGCGGCACAAUCAUCCAAUUCGCCAACAAAUCGCCAAACCCUUCGAUGAUGCAAGUGGCAUCCUCCUCUGUUUCGCUUGUCAACUUUGACCUUGCAAAUUUAAUCAAAUACGAACCGGAUUACAUGGCGGUGCUCAUCGAGUCUAUGGUUCAGUACGAAGAUUUUGUCUCGGACAGGUUUUCUGUUUUGGAAUCCGUGACCAAGUCUGUCGAGCUUACCGAUACCAAAAAGGCAUUCGCCGCCAUCGAAAAGAGCCCUUUCCUUGGGUUGGUUUCCAUCACUGGUGCUCCUAGUGAGAAACCUCAAGUCGAGAUUGCAACGAUGAAGCGAACCAAAUCGCUACACCAAGCUAUAUCCAAGACUGGUACCUACCUUCUUGCCGGUGGACUAGGUGGUCUCGGUCGUAGCAUAUGUGAACUGCUGGUCAAAAACGGUGCUAAGCAUGUUGCGUUCCUAUCACGAUCCGGCGCUUCAUCUGAUGUUACCCGUCGCUUUGUCGACAGCCUCAAGAAGCAGGGAGUCAAUGCACGAGUCUACAAGGCUGAUAUUUGCGACGCAAAGGCUCUUACUGAGGUGGUUAAGAGACAGGUCCGCAAAGAAAUGCCACCCAUCAAGGGUGUUUUCCAAUGCGCUGCAGUCAUCAAGGAUUCCAUCUUUGCGAACAUGUCAUACUCGGACUGGGUAGAGGCAGUCCGACCAAAAACCAUUGGUUCGGAAAACCUUGUGCAAGUAGUCUCGGCCAACUCGGAGGAUCCAUUCUUCAUUUUCCUUGCCAGUUCUGCUGGAGUCAUUGGUAACCGUGGUCAGGCAAACUACGCCGCUGGCAACUGUUUCGAAGAUGCCCUCGCCAUGAGCCGUCAUCUUGAAGGCAAGCAUGCUGUUUCUAUCGAUCUCGGGCCUGUCCUUAGUGCGGGCAUGCUCGCGGAGGGCGAUGAGAUUCUUGACAUCCUGAGAGCAAGUGGAUUCUAUGGUAUCCGUCACCAAGACUUUCUUACCAUGAUCACACACGCCAUCACUACCGAGGUUGCACCCAAAGCUCCCAUGCCCAGCCGCGUCAUCAUGGGCAUUGGCUCUGGUGGUCUCAUUCGACAGAACCAACCGGCCGAUCCGUACUGGUCUCGAACUGCUCUCUAUGGCUACCUGAACCUGGUGGACAUGCCAUUCCCUGACUUGGCUGUUGUUGAUGGCUCAACCAACUUUGACUUGAAGUCUCUUCUUUCAUGCUGCUCUGACACAGCUGCAGCCGCCGAGAUUAUAACCACCGGUCUCUCGCAUAUGCUUGCAAAAGCAAUGAACAUGCUCCCGGAGGAAAUUGACACCGGCAAGCCUCCCAACGUCUAUGGUGUUGACUCUCUGGUAGCUGUUGGAGUCAGAAACUGGGUUGUCACCAACUGUGGUGUCGAGGUCUCUGUCUUCGAGGUCUUGAGUGACAAGACGGUCGCUGAACUUGCUAUGGACAUUGCUACGAAGGGCGGGUUUGGAGCGCACGAUGACUGA